AUGAGACUACGUCCAUAUCAGCUGAAAGAGUCGGCUUUUGUCUUCGGCAACAUUUGCGCCGUAUCGCCUCAAGACUUCGCACCGAACCCCGAUGGUAGCGAUCUCUACCUCCUUAUCAAUGGCUUCUUCGUCAUCUCAGCCCGCAUCAAAGAUGGUUUCCCUGCCGGUCACAUUAGCAUGUCUGACCCUCAACGAACAUGGAUGCAAAUCGCCCUGACCGACGAGAUUGACGUUCAGUUCUACGACGCCUUCGCCCAGGGUGCUUCAAGUUACCUUGGUAACCUCGAUAUUGAAGUCGGAUUUGCCGGAAGAAAGUCAACAGAGACACCCUACGAUCAGGAUCAGCUUGCCGCUGCUUUUGUCAAGAACUUCCGCAACCAGAUCUUUGCCCCUGGCCAACAACUGCUCAUGGACUACCAAGGCAUUCCUCUACGUAUGGUAGUCAAGACGGUUGAACUGGUUGACUUGUCUAUGAAGAGCGAGUCCCAAGCUCCCUCACCAGACCCGCGUUCUCGCGGCAUUCUGACACAAGAGACACUCAUCAACUACUACAAGGACAUUAAGACCGGUAUCAACAUCAAAGGCUCCAACCGUCGUCCAGCUGCCAACUCAGUCGUCCGACCCGACUUCAAGUUUGAGAACAUGGGCAUUGGUGGUCUCGACACUGAAUUCGCUGCCAUUUUCCGUCGUGCCUUUGCCUCAAGAAUCUUCCCGCCCGGUCUUGCCGACAAGCUCGGUAUCCAGCACGUUCGCGGUAUCCUCCUCUACGGUCCUCCCGGAACCGGUAAAACCUUGAUUGCUAGACAGAUCGGAAAGAUGCUCAAUGCUAGAGAGCCAAAGGUCAUCAACGGUCCUGAAGUCCUGAACAAAUAUGUUGGUCAAUCCGAAGAGAACAUUAGAAAGCUCUUUGCAGACGCCGAGAAAGAGUACAAGGAAAAGGGAGAUGAGUCUGGUCUACACAUCAUCAUCUUCGAUGAACUGGAUGCCGUCUGCAAGCAGAGAGGCUCCGGAGCUGGUGGCGGUACUGGUGUUGGUGAUAGCGUCGUCAACCAGUUGCUGUCCAAGCUUGAUGGUGUUGACCAACUGAACAACAUUCUGCUUAUCGGUAUGACUAACAGAAAGGACAUGAUCGAUGAAGCGCUUCUCAGAUCUGGUCGUCUCGAAGUUCACAUGGAGAUCUCAUUGCCCGACGAGCACGGCAGAGCCCAGAUCCUCAAGAUUCACACCACCAAGAUGCGCGAGAACAAUGUCAUGGGCGACGACGUCAACAUUCAGGAGCUCGCUCAGUUGACACGCAACUUCAGUGGUGCUGAGAUCAGUGGUUUAGUCAAGAGUGCCUCAAGUUUCGCCUUUAAUCGUCAUAUCAAGGUCGGAACACUGGCUGCAGUUGACGAGAAGAACAUCGCCAACAUGAAAGUCAUGCAGCAAGAUUUCUUGAACGCUCUCAACGAAGUGCAGCCUUUGUUUGGUGUCUCUGAAGAAGAACUUGACCGCUGUGUUGAAGGCGGUAUCAUCCACUUUGGCAAGCACGUCGACAGCAUUCUUGAGCGCGGUCGUCUCUUCGUCAACCAAGUUCGUUCUGGAGAUACACCUCUACUUUCUGUGCUGCUCUACGGUCCUCGCGGAAGCGGUAAGACUGCGCUGGCAGCAAAGAUGGCACUUGAUUCGGAAUUCCCCUUCAUCAAACUCAUCAAGCCUGUGGACAUUGUUGGCAUGAACGAGAUCCAGAAGAUUCAAUAUAUCCAAAAGGUCUUCACAGAUGCAUACAAGAGUCCUCAGAACGUUCUUGUUCUAGACAACAUCGAGCUGCUCAUCGAUUGGGUGCCAGUAGGACCUCGCUUCAGUGCAAGCGUGCUGGCUGCCUUGAAGGGCAUGAUGCAAAACAAGCCGCCAAAGGGCCGACCACUACUUAUCUUCGCUACAACAUCCUCGCGCAGUGUGCUGCAACAGUUGCAGCUUGAGUUCUCAGCACAGGUUGCAGUACCCAACGUUCAAACACAAUCUGAACUGGCAGUCAUCAUGAAGCAGAGUGGUGUCUUCAGUGAUUCUGACAUCAACCGCGCGAUGGGAGAGAUCGAGGAGACGACGGGCUCCAAGACCAUCAAUGUCGGAGUGUCGAGCAUAUUGCUAGCCAUCCAGACUGCCAAGCAAGACCAAGACAAGACUGGCAGGUUUGCUGAAGUGCUAAGUGAGAUGUGUGCGGAUAAUGCGGUUAUGUAG